AUUAUACCAAACCCCCAACUAAAUAAAUAAAUAAUAACAAUUAAUUAUGAUGUUAUAGCUGAAUACAUUCUUUUGCAAUUAGUUUUGUGGAAGGAAGAGCGUGAGGGAGUGAGAGAUGGAGGGUAAUGAUAUUUUGGAGAGCUUGGUGGAGAAGGCAGCGGCGAAGCAUGAGGCUGUAAGCGGGGAGCUGGAGAACAUAUUAUCCAACACUGAAUUGGGUUACGUAAUUCGAAUCCGGCGAGCCGCUUGGAUUGAGCUGAAGCUGUUGAGUAAGCUCGCGGCUCCGGCGGUGUUCGUGUAUAUGAUUAACAACUUUAUGUCUAUGUCCACUCGAAUCUACUCCGGCCACCUUGGUAACCUUCAACUUGCCGCCGCCUCUCUCGGCAACAAUGGAGUUCAAAUUUUUGCUUACGGUCUCAUGCUAGGGAUGGGGAGUGCGGUGGAGACGUUAUGCGGGCAAGCCUACGGGGCGGGAAAAUAUGAAAUGUUAGGAAUAUACUUACAAAGAUCAACGAUCUUACUAACAAUGGUAGCUUUUCUCGUAACUUUUCUCUACAUAUUCUCAAAACCCAUCUUAUUAUUCUUAGGAGAAUCCCCAGAAAUAGCUUCCUCCGCCGCCAUUUUCGUGUACGGAUUAAUCCCACAAAUCUUCGCCUACGCCAUUAACUUUCCAAUACAGAAAUUCCUUCAAUCCCAAAGCGUAGUUCUUCCAAGUGCUUACAUUUCCGCCGCCACGUUGGUGGUUCAUUUGUCGCUCAGUUGGGUUGCGGCUUAUAAACUUGGGCUGGGCCUUUUCGGGGCCUCCUCGGUUUUGAGCCUCUCCUGGUGGAUCAUUGUGACGGCACAAUUUGUUUACAUUUUGAAAAGCGAAAGGUUCAAGCUGACUUGGAGAGGGUUUAGUUCGGCGGCGUUUUCAGGGCUGCCGGAGUUUUUUAAGUUGUCUGCGUCGUCGGCGAUUAUGCUUUGUUUGGAAACUUGGUAUUUUCAGAUUUUGGUUUUGGUUGCUGGGUUGCUUGAAAAUCCUGAAUUGGCUCUCAAUUCUCUGUCCAUAUGUACUACAAUAAAUGGACUGGCUUUCAUGAUUUCCGUGGGAUUCAAUGCAGCUGCUAGUGUGAGAGUUGGAAACGAACUAGGACACAAGCAUCCAAAAUCAGCAGCAUUUUCAGUAGUUGUGGUCAUGGUAAUUUCCACCACCAUUUCUAUAAUGGUCGCCUGCACAGUCCUUGCUUUUCGAAAUGUCAUUAGCUACGUCUUCACCGAAGGUGCUACGGUCGCGGCUGCAGUUUCAGAUCUUUGCCCUUUUCUAGCUAUCACUCUUGUCCUCAAUGGAGUUCAACCUGUUUUAUCAGGUGUGGCUGUGGGAUGUGGAUGGCAAUCUUUUGUUGCGUGCGUGAAUGUUUGCUGCUAUUACUUGGUUGGAUUGCCUUUGGGUGUUCUCUUAGGCUUCUACUUCAAACUUGGUGCCAAGGGCAUAUGGUUAGGGAUGCUUAGUGGUGCGACAAUUCAAUCAUGCAUUUUGUUGUGGGUCACGUUUCGAACGGAUUGGAAUAAAGAGGUAGAUGAAGCGAUGAAAAAGAUAAAUAAAUGGAAUGACAUAAAUAAAACAGUAAAGAAUAUAAAAAUUGAAGCAGUAAAGUGAGCAUUCAUGUGUGAUAGAAUUCAAUAAAAAUAUGGAUCGUUUGUGUUAUUUGUAUUAGGAUUUUGAUUUCUUUAGGUUGAUGAUGUAGAAUAGAAUAAUUUUGGCUUUAAUCAUAUCUAGAUUGGUUUUCUAAAUUAUUCAAGUUCAUACACAUUCAUUUUCCCAAAUACCUAUAACUCCAUUGGCUGCCAAUAACCCCUAAUUUCCUGAAUUCAAGAGGUAGAUACUAGAGGAACAAUACAGCUUCCAUAGGGUUAAGUCAAUUUGUAUUAAAAAAUCAAAUGGAUUUAUGUAGUUUCCAUUUGUAACAAAUUUGAAUUCCAACCAUUAGUUUUAUUUUUCUAGUUACAUCUUCUUGUAAACACCUACUAAAUAUAUAAAGGUGUACUGUUUAAUUUGAGUGUCCAAAGGAAAAAGAAAGAAUGUGUUCUCAUCUCAGUUUCUUCAACAAUCAAAGUCCUAUUUUCUAUUUU